AGUUAAGCCAUGAUACAACGUGUUUUCUUAUAAUUUCCUUCUCAGAGUUGCAGCUGCUUCAACAAGAUGUGCCUGAGCCAUGCGAGGUUGUGGAGAUUGAAACCUGCAGCCAGGCAUCAGGAGAGAGUGAUUCCAGAUCAGAAUCAGUCUAUUCUUCAAGCACAUCCAGCAAUUCUAAUGAAGAAGGAAUGCAUCAAAACCAGAAGGAAGAUCUCGGUGUUAGACCCUCUGACAGGCCUUUACCCCAGGAUGUGGAACAGAAGAGCUCCACCACCUGGAAUGACAUGUGUUUUCAUGUGCACUUAGCCAAUGAGCCCUGCUCAGAUGCAUUACAUAUGAGAAAGGAGCAGGCCAUGAAAAUAUAUUACAUGUAUGUUAAAAGGCAAAGAGAGGCCAACACUGUACAUAACACACAGGAAGGCUUGUUACCCCCCAAGAAGAGGGCAAGAGUGCAAGAACUGAGCUGCACUGGGAAAGUCCAUUCGGAAGCCAGCUGUUCUUCUGUGCUUACAGAAGACAUGAUCAUCGACAGUGAGGCCAGCUGUGACACUGUAGAUGAAGACGAUUUCGAGGGUGAGGGUCCAGCAGAGCUUCUAGCCCUGGAGGAGAGGCCCAGAAUGAAGACACCUGAGUGGCUGUUGUGGCCAGAGAGUGGCUUUAAAUGCAUGGCCUGCUGCCGAGUGUUCCCCGAGUGUUCCCCAGCCUAG